AUGGACGACCCUGCCACCACCGACCUCUGUGUCGACUGUCGCGAGCGAGACGCCAGUCUCUCCAUCAGAAACCGGCGUUUAUGUUCUGCCUGUUUCAUGCGAUAUGUCACCUCCAAAGUGCUCAAACGCAUGGAGUCCUUUCGGUUCAAAACUCUUUCUGGAGACGACCGGCGCCGGCUGCUGCUUCCAGUUUCUGGGGGAGUAUCUUCCUUGGUCUUGUUGCACGUCCUUGAUGCACAGCUCCAGAGACAGAUUGCAAGUCGAAACCGGACGGCGUACGACCUCGUGGUGCUUCGUGUUGUCCUCCCGGAAGACGAAGGCUCGACGACGCUGAAGGGCGACUAUGAGGAGCUGGCACGUAAAUUCUCAGCGCACCGCAUCCUUCCACUGCUCGACCUACAGGCUGUGUUCAAGUUAGACACCCACAUCGAAAGAGACUUUGAACACCUCGGCCUUCGGAGGCAUGGAAGCGAGUCAGAUGAGAGCUUCCUGAACCGAAUGCUCUCCUGUGCGACGUCUGUAACCGCCCGUGCAGACUUGCAGUCCAUUCUACUCCAGCGUCUGAUUGUGUCAGCGGCGCGACAGCACGGCUGUGAAAGUGUUGUCUGGGGCCACUCUGACAGCAGGCUGGCCGCGCUCGUACUGGCAGAUGUUGCCAAAGGCCGAGGUGGGUCGGUCCCUUCCACGAUCGCUGAUGGUCCCUCACUGCAUGGGAUCAAUUCCAACUAUCCGAUGCGUGACUUGUUUAAAACCGAGCUACAGAGCUAUGCCCAACUGGUGCCCGAUCCGUUACUGGCGAAAGUGGCGGACUCUGGUGAGACAACUGCGCCGCCUACUGCCAUGCGACACACUUCAAUCGACACCCUCCUGAGAACCUAUAUUCAUUCGCAGGGGGAAAAGUAUCCUGGUAUCAUGGCGAAUGUCGUCCGGACAGCAAGCAAGCUCGACGGGAGGCAGGCGUCUACUAUUACGGCUACCUGUCCAGUCUGUAUCAGGCUAAUCGUGCGAAGUCAAGGGCUUCUCAAUCCGGACGGGAAUCUGUGCUACGGAUGCGACAGGAUGAGGAAUGACAUCAAGUCCUAA